AUGGUUUUUGAGGCUCCACAUCCUGGGCGACGUGUUACCCUCAGCAAAUCUGACGAAAAGUUGAAGAGAGACGAACAUUCUAGUGAAAUGCGAUCGCAUGAACCGAAGCCUUCUAUAGAGACAAAGCCUCAGCAAAAGAAAGUAUCCCGUGUUAGAGUUCGAAGGAGGCCGUCACAAUUCACAGUUGAAGGCGCAGACUUCAGCGAAAUCUUGGCAGUCGCAGAGGAAAUGGGUGAGAAUUCGAAAAUUAAAAGUCAACGACUUAGAGGACUGCAUGUUACAUUGCUACUUUAUUUAGCUAAAGAAUGUGGAGACUACGAAAACUUGGAUCCAAAUGAAGCAAAUGAUAUGGAGACGGCAAUCAAAUAA